AAAGUUUGUGUGGUGUGAAAAUAGAAACUUCCCAGUUACACUCACCUGCACUUCAGUGGCACCAACUACUACUAGUACAAGCUAAACUAAAGCCAACCCACCUUGGCUUCCAUUAAUCUUUCUUCUUCUUCAACUUCUUGUUGAUCUUCAAGAAAUAAGAAGAUGGUAGAAACAAUUCUUUUCAACUUAGCAAGUAAAAUUCUGGGCAAGAUAGGGUCAGGUGCAAUCGGGGAAGUUGGCAAGGCAUGGGGUGUUGAGCAGGAGCUGAACACACUCUCAGACACCUUGUCCACCAUCAAGGCUGUGCUCUUAGAUGCUGAGAGAUUGUACGAUCAUAGCAAGUACUCAAUUGCGAUGGAGGUGUGGUUUGACAGACUCCAAGCUGCUUUCUAUGAUGCAGAUAACCUCGUCGAUGAAUUUCAGUAUGAAGUUUUACAACGUCAAGUGACGAGGACGUUUCAGGUAAGCAAUUUCUUUUCAUCCUCACACGCAAUUGAUUUCCGAUUUAAAUUUGAACUGAGCAGUAGAAUCGUAAAUAUCAGAAAGAGAUUAGACAUGAUCGCGGAUGAUAGGACUAAGUUUCAUCCCAUUGUCACAACAUCACAACAUAAGACGGCUACCAGCUCAUCAAUCUCCUCUGAAGUCAGUGAGUCGGAAUUUGUUGGAAGGGUCAAUGAUAGAGUAAUAUUGUUCCAAUUUUUAAUGAACCCAAGUGUUGACGAUGAUGGCAUGCUUGUCCUCCCCAUUGUUGGUAUCGCGGGUAUUGGUAAGACAGCUCUCGUUAAACAGCUGUACAAUCAUGACAUGGUCGCCAAGCAUUUUCAGUUGAGGAUUUGGGUGAAGGUAGCAAAAUGUCUUGAUGUUAAAUAUGUGAUGCAAAAAAUUAUGAAGUACAUAACUGAUUUCCCCGCUUGUGCUGACCUCAAUUCAAUUCAGUUAAAGAAUCUCCUUCAACUAAAAUUGCGUAACACGAAAUUUUUACUCGUCUUGGACAAUUUAUGUGAAUGUGAUUAUCGAUGUUGGCAUAAGUUGUAUGCCUUAUUGAGAUGUGGUGAUACCAUGGGAAGUAAGAUCAUAGUGACUACACGUAACAUGGGGGUUGCUUUAGCUGUGGGCACAGUUCCCACAUACAAUUUAGAGAGUCUUUCAGAUGAAGAUUGCCUGGAAUUGAUUUGGAAAUGGGCUGGUUUCCCUGAAAAAUUGGGGGAGGAACAUGUGAAUGCGAAACUCUCAGAAAUCGCAAAGGAAAUUGUGAAAAAGUGCCACGGAUAUCCUCGUGCAGCAAAGACUUUAGGCAACAAUUUGUUUAUGGAGACUAAUGAAUGUAAAUGGUUAGAAUUAAAAGAGAAACAACUAUGGGAAUUGGCACAAAAGAAACAUGACUUUUUGGUCGUGUUAAGAUCGAGCUACGACACACAACCAACUGAGUUGAAACGCUGCUUCAUAUAUUAUUCAAUUUUUCCAAAAAGCUAUGAAAUUGAGAUUGAUAAAUUGAUUCAGUUGUGGAUGGCACAGGGGCUCAUUCAAUCAUCUGGCUUUAAUUGUGAGCUGGAAGAUAUUGGCAUUGAUUAUUUAAAUCAAUUAUGUUCCAUAUUUUUCUUUGAAAAGAUUGAACAUCACGACAAUUUAUCAAAUAUGUGUAGAAUGCCUGAGAUCAUUCAUGAUCUCGCAGUAUUUAUGGCAAAUGGAGAAUGCUUAAGUACAACAAAUUAUCGUUCUGGACCGAUUUCUGAUAAGGUUAAGCAUGUAUCAGUUCAUGAUUGUUCAGGGGAAGAAGUGACAAAGUCAUUGUUUGAACUAGAGAAUCUGAGGACUAUUGUCUUUCCAUUUCUAGGACCAGGAGCUGGUGACCAAGGCUUUGUUGACAGAUGCAUCUCAAAGUUCAAGUAUCUGUAUGUGCUUGAUUUGAGUAACUCAUGUUUUCAGGUAUUGCCACAUUCCAUUGGUAAUUUGAAGCAUUUGAGAUUUUUGGACAUCAGUGGGAAUGCAAAUAUCGAGACACUCCCUGAUGCCAUUUGCAAACUGUUUAAUUUGCAAACUUUGAGAAUCUGGUAUUGUGUGAAAAUUCGAAAGUUACCCAAACACAUAGGGAACUUAAUCUGUCUUAGGCAUUUGUACUUAACCACACAACAAUGUUAUUUGCCAGAGAAACAAAUUCGACGCUUGACCUCUCUCCGAUCCUUUCAGAUUACAGGAUGUGGAAACCUUAAAUCUUUGCCUGAAGGAAUGCAACUCCUCGUCAAACUAAAAACAGUGACUAUUGCAGCGUGUCCCAAUUUGACCUCUCUGCCUAGUACCAUGAAGAACCUAGCCAAGUUGAGGAAUCUUGAGAUUAGUAAUUGUCCGAAUCUUGACUUGGCAGGGUGGGAGGACUUUAGUGGCCUUAGGAGGCUUCAAUAAAUUGAAGGGCACCAAAAUUUUAUGACCUUGUGGCUCUACCAGUGCAUGUAAUGGAAAUUUCAUAUCAGUAAGAGAACCAUGAAGCGUGAAGUGACAAGCGUUCGUUGGAUAACCAAUCGAUGAAUGGCUUGUAUCUAAAAGGAAGGAGGAAGGAGUUGUUAUCUCCAUCAGAAGCCCUUGAACUUAGCUGCAUUUAGAAUUAUGCUAUUAAUGUUGUUUUGUUGGGUAUGUUAUCUAUGUAAUGUUCUUGUGGAAUACUUUUCUAAACUCUGUGUUUCUCAUUAUUGUUGUUAUAUAUCUACUGUUUUUUAGUAAAUGUCCCUAAUGGCUUUGAAUUGUCCCA